CAGCGAGGGUAACCACGGAGAGCUGGACCCAGAGAAAUAAUUGGCAAUAAGACCUCUGUAGCCAUGGCUAGUUCUGACAUGAAACCAAAAUCAAUAAGUCGUGCCAAAAAAUGGUCAGAAGAGAUAGAAAAUCUGUACAGAUUUCAGCAAGCAGGAUAUCGGGAUGAAAUUGAAUAUAAACAAGUGAAACAAGUUUCUAUGGUAGAUCGUUGGCCAGAGACGGGAUACGUGAAGAAACUCCAGAGAAGGGACAAUACUUUCUAUUACUACAACAAACAGAGGGAGUGUGAUGACAAGGAAGUCCACAAAGUAAAAAUUUAUGCUUACUAG